GUCAAUCAAAACAGAAGAGGCGUUUCCAAAAUAACACUAUUAGCUCUAUUUCCGGGUGCAGUUUGAUCUGCAGGUUGCUCAAGUUGUUCCUGUAUAUAAGGUGUCAUGAUCUGCAAGGCUUAUGUUACGUGGUGUCUUUCUAGGUACUUGUAGGGGCACAAUUGUUAUAUUUAACAGCUGCGGUUGUAUGUAAAAGCCUCUUUAACUUAAACAUGUUGUAUGGACUCAAAGCUAAGGCAUAGUAGCACCAACAUUGGUCAACUUUGGCGCCUUAACUACUUCCCACAACACUUCGUGGAAGAGGCUGCCUCCAUGACUCGUAGUACCCAGACGUGACCACCCGCAGAGACAGAGGGCUUAUCACAGCUAAUGUGACCACAGCAAAAUAAUAGUCUCUCCGGGCGAUACAUCACCACAAGAUAUACAGAGAGUAGAUAAUCCCUUAACAUAAACACUCCCUUUAAAUCCAGAGUCAGCCAUUAAUAAGCCAUUACUGAUAAAUGUAGUUGGGUAUGAAUAACGCAACUGGCUUCAUAUAAUAACGGAUAACAUUGGAGAAAUCUCAGGAAGUGGCCUAAGUCAAAUACAAACAAAGGACGAGGAUGGCCCCUGAGAUCCAGGCAGUGGUACAUGCUACCCAAGCCUGGCUGCAGUCCUCCUGGCACGUCCAGGUGCCCUUUGCCUGGCUGGAAGCCUGCGUGGAGUGGCUGCAGGAAGAAGCAGGAGGCGCAGGUCGUCUGUCACAGCAGCAAAUCAACCAACAGGCGCUGGACCAGUGGCUGCUGACGGACCUCAGGGACCUGAGCUACCCUGUUCUCCCUGAAGGACUCUCUCGGGCCCAGAAGACUGAACUCAGCGGCACCUUCUGUGUCCAGGUUGACUCAUUGCUGGACAUCAGUCAGCCUGCGUAUGGUCAGAUGCAGAAGUGGAGGGGCUCAGAUUGUGCCAACGACGAGGUGUCUGCUGUCACACAGUUCACCCAGAGGCCCUGGGAAGCCAGACCAACCCGAAUGCUACUAUUGCAGGUGACAGAUGGAGUCCAGAGCUUGGAGGCCAUGGAGUAUCAGUCUGUCCCUGCACUCAGCACAGCUCUAAGGCCUGGCGUGAAGCUGCAGCUGCAAGGGCAGAUGGUCUGCAGACUCGGGAUGCUUCUGUUGAAGGCGUCCAACAUCAAGGUUCUGGGUGGUGAAGUGGAGGACCUGGUGGAGAGGAAUAACCAGGGCAAGGUGCUGUGUCGGACGCUGGGACUCCCCGAGGAGCAGCAACAGGGGGGAGCGGCCCCCCCGGCACCACUACAAGGAAACCAGGAAGUGGAGGACCUGGAGCUAGACGAUGCAGAGUUGUUGGCCAGUCUGGAGGCCCAGGAGCAGGUGGAAAGGGUUCAGGUGGGGCCUGUUCCAGACAGUGGCUACGGGACGCUCAGUGAGACCUCCACUCAGUCCUCGAGAAGCUCCUCUAUCAGGAGCCUCGUCUCGACAGCCUCAUCCAGAAAUGAAGCCUCUGCCCGCUCUUACAGAAGUGGUUUGGCCCAGAGCAACAGAGGUGGUUCAGUCCAUGGUCAUCGCCACCAUAGCCAACAAGAGGAACCCGACCUCUCGAUUCAACAGGAGCUCUCGGAUCACAACAUGGUAGUCGAUGACUUUCCCGAUGAGGACUUUGACAAUCUUCCUCUGGACGAGUUGGACAGUGUGAUUUUUCAACAAAGUGACAAUGCUACCACGCAGUCUGUCAGCAGUCACAGAGGCACAACACAGAGCAGCGACAGAAUAACGGGAAUUCCUAACAGGGCAACAAAUGCCCAAACUGCUCAGUUUGAGCAGCACACUUUGGAUGGCCCUGGGUCACGGCUUGGUUCUAGCAAUUCAAGAUCCACCACACAGAAAAGAGACUAUGAAGGCUGUGUUAAGGAAGCUACAGGGCAGGUCUUGUCCCCAGCAGCAGCUCUCCAGCCAACGCAUGAGUUAGGCUGUGUUACUAAUGAUGAGAGUGAUUUCAUGGAUGACGAUAUGGACUGCCUUCUUGCAGAGGUAGAAACCGGUUGGACCGGACAGUCAAAUCAGCUCCCUAUUCAACAAGAACCAAGUAGAAGCCGAGAGAGUUUCACCAACAAAACAGGAACUUCAGGUUCCAGUCAUAGACUUACCAGCGACUCAUCAAGGAGUGCAACAGAAAGGUUUUCAUUUGAGAGCUCUCACAACACCCCUCAGGGGCACAAUUAUAACCCAAACAAUGCAGCAUUUGAAUCUGUAAAAAUAGACCGUCAGAGUGACGGCUCGGUCCCUGCCCUCACUCUGACAUCUCCACCGUUUACAUAUUUGUGCCUGCUAGAGGAGAUGACGUCCAAACCAAGACCUCACGCCGCAGAGAUCCGAGUCAAAGCUUUCAUUGUGACUCUCGUGGGGAAACUGAGCAGCAACAACGGCCUUUGGCGCGUGUGCGCCACAAUAUCCGAUGGAACUGGCUACCUGGACGUGGAGCUGUCCGAUGAGGUUUUGACGGGCCUGCUAGGCUUCUCGGUGGCGGGAAAGGCGGCUCUGAAGCGUGACCCAGCCCGGAGAGGUGAGCUGGACACCGGGAUGAAGAGGUGUCAGGAAGACCUGGUGGACAUGUGCUGCAUUAUGACCGUCGCGCUUCAACCAGACGGCAGAAAGGCUGUGGUGACCAAGGCGGACCGAGUCAAUGAGAAAGUAUUCCAGGAGCUGGAGCAGAGGCUGAGAGACGGGAGAAAAUAGACAGAGGACUGGUUGAGGGGAAGUGGGCGAUAAUCAGAAAAUUACAGGCAGCGGAGGAGUAUAUUGCCUUUAAGCAGAGAUGGAAAAUUGCAAAUAUAAGCAUUUUGGUGAUUAACCUGCCCUUCUGCUUUAGAUUUGGAGAGCAGAAUGUGUGAACUGGAUGUCUGAUGAUCAGCAGGCAGUGUGUUGCAAUGCAUCCCAUCUGCUAUAUGUGAAUGUGACAUUCUGUCAUUUUGUCAUCAAAGGAUUUCAUUCAUCUAUUCAUAGAGCUAUUUUCUGCUUGACACGCACUGCAUCACUCCUAUGCAAAGUGAACAGAUCUUUAAUAUCUACAUUUUCGGUUAUCAACAUAUAAGUUCAAACUUUUUAAUGUAUGUGACAUUAAACACGAAUGUGAAGAGAAGAGUGCAGCAUGUGAGAUGAGAGCAGGGAAUCGGGGGAGAAAAUAAUUCAUACUGUGAUUGUUGUAAUGAAUUGCCAGCCUCUGCAUUCAUUCAGGACAUCCAUUGCUUCUGACUGAAAAAUUAUUGAAUAUCCAAGGGCAGCGUGGGUCUUUAAUAAACUCCCCCCAGAGGAGAUGAGAGGAAAGGGAGAUAAAGGAGAGGCCAUGCUUUGCGAUUAUUUCUGUUCAUUAUAGAGCCUCAUCUGUUUUUGUCUUUGAUGAAUAAACCCCAAAUUCGUUGCCUUGCCUGUAUUUACUGUAUAUUGAAAUAAAACUGUUCUGAAGGUUUUACAAUUUUCUCUCACUCUUUGACUAUUAA